AUGCCAAACUGGGGUGGAGGCACCAAGUGUGCUGCUUGUGAGAAGACAGUGUACCAUGCAGAGGAGAUCCAGUGCAAUGGAAGAAGCUUCCAUAAGACCUGCUUCAUCUGUAUGGCCUGCAGGAAGGGACUAGACAGUACAACAGUUGCAGCACAUGAAUCUGAGAUCUACUGCAAAUCCUGUUACGGCAAGAAAUACGGGCCAAAAGGCUACGGGUACGGACAAGGCGCUGGGGCCCUGAGCUCUGACCCUCCUGGUCGUAAUGUAGAAUUGCAGCAUCAUGACUCGAAACAACGGCCACCAGCUGCAAACUCCAGUCCCAGCAAAUUUGCUCAUAAGUUUGGCGGGUCAGACCGCUGUCCCCGCUGCUCCAAGGCUGUGUACGCAGCAGAGAAGGUGAUGGGAGCAGGAAAGCCUUGGCAUAAAACCUGCUUCCGUUGUGCCUUGUGUGGUAAGAGCCUGGAUUCUGCCACAGUGACAGACAAAGACGGAGAGCUGUACUGUAAAGUUUGCUACGCCAAAAACUUUGGUCCAAAAGGAUUUGGUCUGGGGAAUGAGGCCAUGUUGGACGAUCGACAGUGA